CGAAUAUUUGAUGUUAAUAUGACCUUGGAAUAUUAUACAUAACUGACGGCCACUGUUCAAUGCCCUUCAAAAUGAUAUUUGACACUAUCAGGAUUAUUAAGUGGCCGCACGGCAGAUCAGAGUAGGUAGAAUUGGCACUAUCCAUGAAGAUGUGACAACAGAGGUCUUGGGAAAAAUCGGUUCCUGGCAAUGGCUCGUGACAUUUAUUUCAACUUCGCAUAUGAUGCUCGCGAUGUUUAAUCAAUACGAAGACAUGUUCCUUCUUCGACCUUCAGAAAUCUAUUGUGUAUUACCUAACGAGCAUCAAAUAGUAAACUCAAGCUUAUGCUUCGCAACUAUUCAAAACAAUGGAACGGAACUCUACAGAUGUAAUAAAUGGCAUUUGAAGUUUUUAUGGGUUUUCUGGCUAAAAAAGACGUGGCUCGUGUUCUGCGCUCAAAAACUGAAGAUGCUAUCAACUGCUAUCAUAAGCCGGUUCGGAAUAUUUUUUGGAUGCAUCAUAUUCGGCCUGGUGUCAGACAGUUUCGGCAGAAGAACAGCUAUUAUAUUCAACGUGAUUGCAGAACUCACGCUUGGUUUGAUGAUCACAUUCUGUGAUGCUGAGGGAUGGUUUCGACUGAUUGCGUUUUUGAAAUCAUUAUUUGGAAGCGCCGGGUUUUAUAUGGGGCUGAUUCUAACAUGUGAAAUAGCAAGUAACAGCUGGCGAUCAUGGCUGUGUGUCGUCGUGAUGAGUCCGAGACUACUGGCCAUAGCAUGCAUGGUACCGUUUGCGAACAGCGCACCCAACUCGGAAACAUUCAGCUUCAUUUCUUGCAUUUACGCAAUAUUUUGUUUAGUUCUACUAAGGUGGAUCCCAGAAUCACCUCAAUGGCUAUUGUAUAACCGUAAACUACGUGCCGCUGAAGAAAUUCUAAUAAAAGCUGCAAAGAUCAACAACAUUAAAGUAUGUCAAGAUUUCAAGAUAAGGCCUGUUAACCACAGAGGAACGAUACAUUGGAUGCUAUCAACGAUCGCCCUAGGUUCAGGGCUUGUCGCACAUGCGUUGAUUCUCAACAUGACGCCUCGACUUUUCGCUAUCAACAUACGAGCGACUGUCGUCGGCUGCUGCCACGCCACUGGUCAGCUUGGUUCCAUCAUCAGCUAUCUCCCGUUUCUAUUUCACCCCAUGAAUGACAUCACCUUGGUGGCGAUAGUACUUUGUGCCACAUUGAUCAUGGCUGUAUUAUGUCUGAUGUACCCUGAUGUUGAUCGAAGAGAACUACCCGAUCUCAUGACGGAUAUGGAUUAUUUUUCAGAGUUAUCAAAACCUCUUCGUUGGGUUACACAGAAAACUAGUUCGCCGUCAUUAGAGGAAGUCGAAAUGACGUUGCAUUCAUUUGGUACCCUCCCAUCGAGCCCCAGCCCACCUGAAGAAAUAGUGCCCGCACGGCAAAUAGGUUGUGUGAAAUAUUGGAGAAUCUUUAUCAAUUAUGUCCGUCGAAAGUGUUCUAGAAAAAUUUAUCCAAAUAUAAGCUAAAACUAGGUAACUUAAUAUAAUGUACGCAAACAUUA